AGCUGUCCUGGUUUUCACAACGAGACGGGCGUGUGUUGCAUUCACUGACCCUCGUAUAUAUGAACAACUAAACAUUAGAUGGGAAUGUUUUGGGGGGUUGAUUUUACAUUUUUUUCCUAUAAUAAAAAAAAAGUUAAUAAAACAGGAAAGAAAAAAAAAAACAAAAAAAAAACACAAACUGCCGAAAUUACAUGCAAAAUGAUCAUAUAGAUUUAAAAAACAGUUGUAAAUCAAAAUAGUAAAAAUGCGGCAAAAGGCAACCAUGAGGAGCAAAAUGUCCUUGCAUGAGGCACAAAUAAGGAUUAAGACACAGUCAAGACAUAAAACUGAGACAAAAAUCUGAAGCACAAAGUACAGGAAAUAUAAAACAACCUAAACUGAGCCACAAAUCACUUUAAAAUAAUAUGAGAUGUUCAAACUGACACACAAAUUGUUCAAACUGGAAAAAAAAGCACAUCCAGAGAGAUGGGAAAUGACUACAAACAGAAACAAAAAGGUGGGGAAUAGAUACAAAAUAUCUCAAACUGAGAUACAGGAUAUGAAUUUAGAUAUGAAAAUUUUGAACAAAGACUCCAGAGUGAUUUAAAAAGAUCAAAACAUGAAAAAAACACUGCAAGACAGAGUUGAAGAAACAAAACUACAACUACAUCUGCAUGAGCUGUCUGUGAACCCUGGUGUGAUGCAUUCACUGGCUCAGGAGAUUCAGGGCUUCUCCAAACAUCGACUGAAGAAGCAGUGCACGCGGGUGACCACGGUGACAGGCAGGAAGCUGCUGGAGAGGAGGUGUGAUGGAGGAGAGGGAGAGCUGGAGCAAGUUGAGGAGCUGGAGGAGGACAGCGGAUGUGGAUUCGUACAAGAUGAAAGUCUGGACCUUCAAGUUGGUCUUGUCAGACCAUUCCUACUGCUGGCCUCUCAGGAUGCAGCCCACGACAUCGACACCCUGCAGAGAUAUAAGGUGUCUCAUGUGCUAAAUGUGGCCUACGGAGUCACUAACCUCUUCCCAGAUCAGAUGGUCUAUAAGACGCUCCAGAUCCUGGACCUCCCAGACACUCAGAUUACUUCAUAUCUGGAGGAAUGCAGCGCCUUCAUAGAUCAGGCUCGAAAACAGGAAGGUGUGGUGCUGGUCCACUGCAACGCUGGUGUGUCACGCUCUGCGUCCAUUGUGAUUGGCUACCUGAUGUUGGGGGAGGGGCUUUCGUUUGAUGAUGCAUACAGCCAAGUGAAGCUGGCAAGACCAUCGAUCCGCCCAAACCCUGGCUUCUAUCAACAAUUACAGAACUACAAGGCUUAAGGGACUACAAAUGGCCUCAGAGGACUACAACACCCAAACUCUGAAAUGCUCUGGCAAGUGGUGAUGAAAACAGCCAUGGCAUCUGUCAUCAGCUGUUUUCAACUCUGCUUUGGGAUUUGAACAUGCAAGGCACUACUUCGUCUUUAUCUACUACUGUGUAUAAACUAAACUAGCUGCAAACAAGCUUGUUUAGGUCCCGAGGUCCUCUGUGUAUUCUGUGAGUUUCUGAGAUUAAAAUGUGGCACAACAGAUAGAGAAAAAAUCCACACUUCAGGACAUGUGGAGAAAUUCACUGUGUGCGACAUUAAUUAGUAUAGGGAAUAAAUAUCAGACAAAGAGCUGUGGACUGUGGAGAAUGCACAGACAUACUUUCAGAAAAAGCAGUAAAACUUCCAUUUUUUUCUACUUAUGGAUUAUAUGUUGUUAAGCCAUUAGUCUGUGGUCUGACCGUAUGGAGUGAAAAUAGUUUCAUAAUGGUUACAGAUGUGUAAAACUAUUUGUUACUAACUUUGGAACUUGCAAACGUGUGUUUAAAUCCACAAAGAAUUUUUAUACAUGCACACUUACAGGCUUUUAUCCUCAACCUCAUAGAUGUGAUUAAGUUUGUGUUAAAAAAGCCUCUUGUGCAUACAGAUGGUUAAAUGUACUAAAAUGUAAUUAUAAUGACACGAAUUUCACUCCAUAUGGUUGUGUUUUCUGACUCAAUAGUUUUUAAAUGUAGUAAUCUAUGAGCAUAUGUUUAAAAAAUAAAAAAAAAAACUGUCUGUC